AUGGCGGAGACUGCGAUAGCGUUCCGCUGCAAGGACUACGUCAUGGUCGCUGCGGCAGGCCUCAACGCCUUCUACUACAUUAAGAUAACCGACGCGGAGGACAAGAUUACACAGCUUGACACGCAUCAGUUGGUGGCGUGCACUGGCGAGAACGGCCCUCGCGUGAACUUCACCGAAUACGUCAAGUGCAACCUCAUGCUCAACCGCAUGCGUCAGCACGGACGCCACAGCAGCUGUGAUUCGACGGCGAACUUCAUGCGCAACUGCCUCGCCAGUGCGAUCCGCAGUCGCGAGGGGGCUUACCAGGUGAGCUGCCUCUUUGCCGGCUACGACAUGCCGGUUUCCGAGGAUGACGACGGCGCGGUGGGGCCGCAGUUGUUUUACUUGGACUACCUCGGCACCCUGCAGGCUGUACCGUAUGGUUGCCACGGCUACGGCGCUUGCUUUGUGACUGCUCUGCUAGAUUGCCUAUGGCGUCCUGACUUGACCCAACAAGAGGGCCUCGAACUCAUGCAGAAGUGCUGCGAUGAGGUGAAGCGCCGUGUCGUCAUCAGCAACGCAUUCUUCUUCGUGAAGGCGGUGACGAAGAACGGCGUAGAGGUCAUCACGACGGUGCACUAG